UUAGUUAAAAGUCAAACAGCAACAUUUGUCUCCUCCCCUCACGUCACUCAAAUGUGGCAAACCAGGAAACAGGAAGUUCUUCGUCCUCAGUAAAGAGAGACGGACAGACGAUCAGACUGAGUUCAGACCAAACUAGCAGCUUCCUCUGAGUGAGUCCAGCUACAGGAGAGAAAAGUGGAAACUCCAACACUGCUGCUUCAAGCUGCUGACGCUCCACACACUGAAUCUUCACUCACAGACUCAAUGGCUUCCAGAUCAGAGGAGGAUCUCUGCUGUCCGGUCUGUCAGGAGGUCUUCAGAGAUCCUGUUAUUCUGUCAUGUAGCCACAGCUUCUGUAAAGACUGUCUGAAGAGAUGGUGGAGAGAGAGACCAACACACGAGUGUCCAGUUUGUAAGAGAAGAUCUUCAAAGAAUGAACCACCUUUAAACCGAGCUUUGAAGAACCUGUGUGAGUCGUUCUUACAGGAGAGAGAUCAGAGAGCUUCAGAGGCUCUCUGCAGUCUGCACUCUGAGAAACUCAAACUCUUCUGUCUGGACCAUCAGCAGCCAGUGUGUGUCGUCUGCAGAGACUCAGAAAAACACACCAAUCACAGAUUCAGACCCAUCGAUGAAGCUGCACAACAACACAAGAAGGAACUUCAGGAAACUCUGGAGCCCUUAAAGAAGAAGUUAAAGGUUUGUGAAGAAGUUCAAGUGAAGUUUGAUCAAACAGCAGAACACAUUAAGGUCCAGGCCCGACACACAGAGAGGCAGAUUAAGGAGCAGUUUAAGAAGCUUCACCAGUUUCUAGCAGAGGAAGAGGAGGCCAGGCUGGCUGCACUGAGGGAGGAAGAGGAGCAGAAGAGUGGGAUGAUGAAGGAGAAGAUGGAGGCUCUGAGCAGAGAGAUAGCAGCUCUUUCAGACACAGUCAGAGCCACAGAGGAGGAGCUGAGAGCUGAAGACGUCUCAUUCCUGCACAACUACAAGGCUGCAGUGGAAAGAGUCCAGCGCUGCCCCCUGCUGGAUGAUCCACAGCUGCCCUCAGGAGCUCUGAUAGACCAGGCCAAACACCUGGGCAACCUGACCUACAACAUCUGGAACAACAUGAAGGACAUGGUCUCCUACACUGCUCUCAUUCUGGACCCAAACACUGCAAGUCCAAACCUCAUCCUGUCUGAAGAUCUGACCAGUGUGAGACGAGGAGGAGAGAGGCAGCAGCUUCCUGAUAAUCCAGAGAGGUUUGACAGUUACAUCUCUGUCCUGGGCUCUGAGGGCUUUAACUCAGGGACUCACAGCUGGGAUGUUGAAGUUGGAGACAGUACAUGGUGGUUCCUGGGUGUGUUAGCAGGGUCUGUGCAGAGGAAGGGAGACAAACUGUCUGGAUUAUGGAGAAUAUGGUUUGAUGGAAGUAAAUACUCAGCACGUUCACCAUCAGCUCCAUUCACUGCUCUCUCAGUAAAGAAGAAGUUCCAGAGGAUCAGAGUGAAUCUGGACUGGAACAGAGGAAAGCUGUCGUUCUCUGAUCCUGAUACUAACACACACAUACACACCUUCACACACACUUUCACUCACAGGAUGUUUCCAUAUAUUAACACUGUUGGUAAAGUGAAGGUGUGUCCGUUGAAGGUGUCAGUGUCAGUGAAGCAAAUGAGUUGAGGAUGAUGAUGUUUCUAAUGUUGUUUCCUGUCAGUGAAUUGAAGCUGUUAAACUGCAGCUGUCCUCCUGCUGCCUCGUUGUUCCAAAGCUCUUUGUUUCUCUUUUAGUUCUCACUGUUUCUUUCUGUUUCUGCUGUCCACCUUUUCACAUGGAAAAUCAUUUCACUGUUUCUCACUGAAUGACUCCCCAAACUAGAUUUGAAAUUCUAUCAAGUUUCUAAUCAUUACAAGUGAUUCAUGUUUCUAUUUGAUGUGUGUAAAUGGAGAUGAUUUAGUUUGCUGGGAUAUUCAGAACAGAAAGAUACAG